AUGGGACCAAAAUCAAUCGACCACUACCACAUCACCCCGACACGAUAUCGUGACCGCCAGCGCCAGUUCAUGGGUCUUCUGCUGGGGCUUCUGCUGCUGCGGCUCCCGCUCACGGUGUCGCAAUCACUGCCCCUGGUGCUUGUGCCCACGGAACCGUCAACACCCACGCCGGCGCCGGCGGCGCCGCUAGCACCCUACCCCACGCAGGAUGUGGUGCUAGAACUUGUGGUAGAGAACUCUCCCCCCAGCGCCGACCACCGCAACGCCACUCAUUACGGUGAUUACCUGGCGAAAAUGAACCGCCACCACCUGACACUACUGUACUCGCUGUACGCUUCCUACGCCAGCGCCACGCUGCUGGAGCAAGUGCCCCACUCCCAUUCAAGCGGUGCGCUGCUGGAGCGCCCUGAUGGUGGCGCUUACUCUAGCCCCGAGCAGAACGACGAGAUCGGCUACGGCACUCCCGACACUUACGGCACUUCCGACACUCACGACGGCUACUCCGACGAAGACCGCUCCCCCGAUAUACCCAAACACACGCUGGGGUUCUCCAGCCCUCUCGACGCCCCCAACUAUUCUAAUGACCAGUUGCCGGGGCUCGGAGUUUACCCUACUUUUGACCACCCAGAAGCGGUCGCCAAACGGCCCGAGGUGCCGCCGCGACCACACCUCCCGCCGCGCCCGUCGACAUCGCUGUCGCUCGAGUUUAGACAGUCGAUGAUGGUGUCCACGCCGCCGGAAAUACCGCCGCGACCGCCGUACGACGUCCAGCAGCGCCAGAUGCUGCUUGCGCUGCUGAUGUUCCCCUUACCGCUGCCGCACCGCCUCCAGUACUCGCCCAUUCCUAGUCCCAACCAGACGAUGAUGCUGCCGCCGACAGAACACUACUACGCGCCUCCUCCAGCCAUUGUCCCUCCCUACGCCUAUAGCGGCGACCUGUAUAAUAUCUUGGACCUGAUGACUGAUGACGAGCUGGCCCUCCCCUUGCCUCUGCCCGAUACGGAGCGUAAUAGCUUUGAUUACCUGCUCUUACCAGAGAUCCCCCAGCGCCAGACGCUGCGCCGGUCGCGCCCGCCGCCAAUGAUGCCCCAGUUGCCCCAACCGAUCAUGUCCCACCGCGUGGGGCUGUCGCUGCUGCUAGCGCUGCUGAUUGUGCUGAGAGCUCGGCUAGAGGAGAAGCUCCCCCCGCUUCCCCUAGAUUUACCGCAUUUGCCGUUCACGGCGCUGGUGCUCAUGCUGCAACACUUUCUGGAGAUCCACGACGUGUGGCGCCUCAACAACGUCUACCACUGGUGCCUGCGGCUUAAGCUGUGGCUCCACGAGUCCGAGAUCCCGCUUAAGGAGUUCAGAGUGGCAAUCAUGAAGGUGGCGCUGUUCCACUGCCCCGAUCUUUCGAUGGAGAUUAUCUGGCGCAACGUCGAUGCCAUCAUCGCCCUGUUAGCCCUCCAACAAGCGAUCGUGAUUAUUGAGGACGAUGCUACUGUGGCCAUUGUUGACGGUGUCCCCGUGUCUGGUGUGUUCCCUGAGUUAGCUCCGUGUUACGGUACUUCGCACGAAGGCCCUCUUCACUGCUAUGCUCCUCAGUGUACGAUGAACUGGAAAUUGGACCACCAGCACCGGUUGGCGAGCGCUGAUCCCACUACACUUGUGUUGGGUGAUGACUGGGCCCUGUACUGGCAAUUGACUGUGGACGAGUUGAAACAAAUUGACCGCCAGGAACUGAAGAAACAGCUGCUUAUCUUUGACCUUUUCCGCCUGGAACAGAAGUUUAUCCAGCGAGGCCGGUGCUUCUUGGAACACGUGUGUCGUCAGUUCUUUAAGGCAGCGAUCAGAUUAGUCCCUGAAGCCCGUCCCGACCAGAUCCGCCAGAUUGAGAAUGAAGUGUAUAAUCUGGUCCACGCUCUCGUGGAGGCCCAUGAGACCCUUUUAUUUGCUCCAUUGAUCAAAGUGCUUAUCGAUGAGGGAAAAUUCAUUCGCUCCAUCGGCGAUAUCAACCAGUUAUACCGCCAGUGGUCCCACACGAUCAAGCAGCCGUUGCUUACGUAUAUGCUGACAUUGCCGGCGAUUCAGGACAUCUUAGCUCGCCCGGAAGUGAUUCAAUGGAUCGACGAAAACGUCAAUAGUCUCGAGGAAGUGAAGAAGCUCAGAGUCAACGGGCUGUUGCUUUUUUUGCUGACGUUUAACCUGAGAUACCAGCACCUCCCCCUUCAGUUAGCUGACGUCCAGAAGUACUUCGACGAGCUGGAACUGCUGCUGUUUGACCUGGCCAUUUCCGCCAUCAAAAACGUUGCCCGUGCCGUCAAUGACCGCAAACGGCUUGCUGAUAACCGUCACGGGGUAAGCAAGCUUGUUGGUGUGCUUGAAUGGCGUACCGUCGUCAAACCCCGUAAUUUGAACCUCGACCUGGACCACCGCAAAUUGUAUUAUAGAGGCGAGAUGUUCAAAAAAGGUGACUUACGAAUUAAUCUGAGUGUGGUCCAUUUGAUCCUUUUAGACAACUAUUUCCUCAUCACCAAGCGUAACGGCCGCGGUAAAUACGAAGUGAUUGAGACUCCCAUCCCUAUUGAACAGAUGCUCAUGGAAGAAAGAGAGACGCUGGCUCCCCUCAUCACGAAUCCCACCGCUCCACCUGAGGAGGAAGAACCACUGACAUACCCGUUUAAAGUGCGUUACGCUGGUUGGGGUAAGCACCACGCCUACACCUUCUUCUCCAAGACGGAACAAGGUCGUGCUGAUUGGAUCAAAGUGUUUAUUGAAGCACGCACUGAUCUUUGUGGACGUCGUUUGAAGACUGACCCCUAUGCGGUGGAUGGCGUCUCCCUCACUCAAUUCGCCUAUGAAGCUUCAAAAAAGAUCAUUAAGCUUCCGGUGUGUGCUCCCGGUGACCCUAUUUACGCCAUCGCCGCUGACGCUCAGGCUAAGCUUAUUACGUUUGGCGUCAAACCCCCACAAGACAUUUACCUGUUGGAGCUGGCCCACCACCACUUGUGCUUUGCCAAAGUGUAUUGCGCAGAACAGUUCAUAUUCAAUGGUGCUGCCUACUGUUUUGUGGGCACCCACACGGGGAUCUACGCCUGGGACUACCGCGGCCGCUGGCGGCGAGUCUUUGUCCUGGGCCCCGUCACCCGUAUCCACGUGGCCGUAGGCCAAGGGAUCAUGCUUGUGCUUUCGAAUAAGCAGUUGCGCUACUAUACACUUCGCCUGGUGCUUAACGCCUACCACGGGGAGGGCAGUACUCACGUGGUCACCGCCGUUAAGGUGCUGAACGACCCCGUGGCGUUCUUCUCGAUGGGUAAACACCGUGAUAUGACCAUGCUUUUCUACGCCAAACACAAGCUGAACAACCUGUUCCUGUUCAAAGCAUUGGUACCUGAGGUGGACUCGGGAGGGGUGUUCAGUCGUUUCCGUGAGGUGAAGAAGUUUUACGUCCAGGCCGAGUGCUUGGGGAUGACGCUUUUCAAUACCACUUUUGCCAUCCACACCACUAAGGGUGUCGAAGUGAUGUUCUUGGACGAUUUGAAAGCCCGUCUGGUGCCCGUGGUGCCACAGGUGGGGCUGAAAGUGGCUAACCGAGCCGCCGUGGAACAGACGAUGGACGCAGUGAGGCGAAUGACGCAAAAGACAAACAUUGAGCCCCUCGGCAUGUACAAGCUCCGCAAUAACAUGGAGUUCUUACUUGUCUACGCCACGGGGGCUGUUUUCACCGAUAAGAAGGGGGUGGUAUCGCGAGGCACGAUGAUCAACUUCCAUCAUAAAGCCACUGCGGUCGCGUUUGAAGAAGAUAAAUUAUUUGUGGUGUGUGACGAGCUGAUCGAGGUGUGGCUGAUCAGCCACGUCUCUGGGGGUACCAACAAGUUAAUGCAAGUGAUCUCCGGUAAGGGGAUCCGGUUGUUGAGCCCCCACCAGUUGUGUUUCUGCAUUGCCAACCCGUUGGCGAUGGGGAUGCAGUUGGUAUUUAAUUUGAGACGAGUGGAGUAA